GCAGCAAUCACCUGGACCAAAGCCCUCUGUCUUGUGGCGCCCAGGACGGCGGGUCAGGACACACGCACAGGAGCAGCAGGGGAGCGCAUCCCUGGGGACCGCGCCAUGUGGGCCAGCUGGUGGUUCUGGCCCCUGGUGGCCGUCUGCACUGCGGACCAGUUCCGGAACACAGCGGAGAGGAUCAUGCAGGGCACGCCUGUCAUUGACGGGCACAAUGACCUGCCCUGGCAACUGCUGAAACUGUUCAACAAUCAGCUUCAGGACCCGAGGGCCAACCUGACCAGCCUGGCCCACACGCACACCAACAUCCCCAAGCUGAGGGCUGGCUUUGUGGGUGCCCAGUUCUGGUCUGCGUACACGCCCUGCGACACCCAGAACAAGGAUGCCGUGAAGAGGACGCUGGAGCAGAUCGACGUCAUCCACCGCAUGUGCCAGUUGUACCCCGAGACCUUCCUGUGUGUUACCGACAGCACAGGCAUCCGGCGGGCCUUCCGGGAGGGAAAGUUGGCCAGUCUGGUCGGCGUGGAGGGCGGCCACUCCAUUGACAGCAGCCUGGGCGUCCUGCGGGCGCUCUACCACCUGGGCAUGCGGUACCUGACUCUCACCCACAGCUGCAACACGCCCUGGGCCGACAACUGGCUGGUGGACACGGGAGAGGACGAGGCCCGCAGCCAAGGCCUGUCACUCUUUGGGCAGAGUGUCGUGAAGGAGAUGAACCGACUGGGCAUCAUCAUCGACUUGGCCCACGCGUCCAUGGCCACCAUGAAGGCUGUGCUGCAGCUGUCCAAGGCCCCCGUGGUCUUCAGCCACUCCUCGGCCUACAGUGUGUGCCAGCACCGGCGCAACGUGCCCGAUGACGUGCUCCAGCUGGUGAAGGAGACGGGCAGCCUGGUGAUGGUGAACUUCUACAGUGACUACGUUUCCUGCAGAGCGGAGGCCAACUUGUCCCAAGUGGCAGAUCACCUGGACCACAUCAAGAAGGUGGCGGGGGCCGGAGCCGUGGGCUUGGGUGGGGACUACGAUGGUGUGUCCAGGCUUCCCUCGGGGCUUGAGGACGUGUCCAAGUAUCCAGACCUGGCCGCCGAGCUGCUGAGGAGACAGUGGACCGAGGCAGAGGUCAAGGGCGUCCUGGCAGACAACCUGCUGAGGGUUUUCGAGGCGGUGGAGCAGGCGCGCAGUCACACACAGGCUCCCGGCGAGGAGCCCAUCCCCUUGGGCCAGCUGGAGGCCUCCUGCAGGACCAGCUACGGCUACUCAGGGGCCCCCAGCCUCCACCUCCAGCCGGGGGCCCUGCUGGCCUCCCUUGCACUCCUCGUCCUCUGCCCGUGUCGCCUCUGACACCCUGGGUGCUAGAACGGCAGCGACUCCCCGUGCGCUCAGACUGGCCUGUCCUGGGCAGGCACCUGCGCUCCCCUGGGCGGCACAAAACACAGGCACGGCGGGACCCUCAAUAAAGUCGCCGAUCCUUUGA